UUGCAACAAAGCUAGCUAGAGCACAAACAAAAUGAAGAAGUUUAUCCAGGGGAAAGUGAUGGACUACAAGUUCAAGAAGGCUGGGGAUGGCCACAAACUGACUGAGGAGAAAGCUCCACCAUCACUGCCUCCAUCACAGCAGGCUACCGGGCGACGCCCACCCUCCACCUCCGCCCAAGUGGCUGGUCAGGCCGCACUCGCUCGACUGGAACAGAAGGACGCCAAACCACGACCAGUCAAGAGCACACACCGUGACCCCUCAGACAGUCCUGGUCCCAGUAGUGGUAGUGGAGGGGGCAAGACGCUGUGUGCCCAGCCCAACACACCACCCACAGCACAGCGUUCCCAAGAGCCCAGAGUGGAGGUGUUGGACGUGGCCUCGUGCAGUGUAGUGGUCCACAUGAUAUGCCCUGUAUGUCAGCACAGUGUCCCCUACAUCUCUCUACACUCUCAUCUGGAGCAGUGCUUGCAAGAGGAGUACCUUCAGGAGCCGCUAACUGCAUCAGUGCACAUGGUUCACACGCUCUGUCAGGACCAGGAAGUUAGAAAGACGUGCAUUGACACCCUGGGCAAGUACCUUGACAAUAUUUUGAGCCACCCUGGGGAGGAGAAGUACACAAAGAUACCGUGCAACAACAAGUCAUACAAGGAGAAGGUGGAAUGCGCACAAGGGGCCACUCUCUUUCUCGAGGCUAUUGGUUUCCAACAGAAACUGCUGCCACACAAAGAUGCUGAACAACUAUUCUAUGUGCUACCAAUGGAAGUGGCUGCCAGUUCAUCACAUUUAGAGGCACACAGAGAACUGCUGACAUCAGCACAACCUUUAAAGGCAAAGGUUGAUAGAAAUCUGCAGGUAUUCAAGCCGUUGUCCCGAGCAACACAUUUUGACCUACCGAAACACUUCUUCAACUUAACACUGGAGGAAAUAAAGAAAGAGCAAAAACAAAGAUCAGAGUUGGCUGAGCGUGAGUCAGUGUUGCGUACCAAAGUCAUGAGAGAGAGAGACAACCUCAAAAUGACCCUGAGGCACUAUCGGUUUGCUCUAAUACGAGUUAGAAUGCCGGAUGGACUUAUUAUUCAGGGAGUUUUCCGACCAAUGGAGAGGGUGGGUGAAUUGCGGACUCUGAUAUCCUCUGCCCUCCUCCACCAAGACCACACCUACUCACUCUCAGCUAUAGGGAAGCCCCUAACUGAUGAUAUGGCUACUCUCGCUGCAGCUGGACUGGUACCAUCUGCUAUGCUGAACUUCUCCUGGGAUACCAGUAGUGGACCACCACCACAGCCACCGUUUUUAACCCCUGAGUUGCUGGCAAGGGUCCAGGAACUGUGAUGACUCAGAAGUAGAAAAACUUGAUUGUAAUCAUAAAUCAUAUAGACUGUCAUUGACUCAUUAAUUUCUUUGUUUCAUGAUUUUGUGCAUUAAAUGCAAUAAUUAUGUGAAGCUGC